AUGGACGCUCUUCAAGCCAAUGAUUCUGCCAUAUCCGUUGCAGCCACCAACCGGGGCGUAUCUGCCAACUCUGCAGAGGUGGCUCCCUCGAACACGAACACGAAACCGGACGAAGCCCAAUCGUCACCGGCCAUGAACUCCUACUUCCAGCUGUCGCCUGAAGAUCAAGCUAUACAAGACCUGGAGCAUAGCUCUGCCGCUCAACAGGCACAGGAUGGAAUCGACGUCGACUCGGGCACCGACGGGCAAUCAGUUUCCGAUGCAGGCUACGAAACCGACUCGAUAGGCACCGGAACGACUUCCCUCGCAUCGUCAAUCAGAAACUAUGCAUUUGAGAAUGGCAGGAGAUAUCAUAGGUUUCGAGAGGGCGCAUAUAACUUCCCGAACGACGACAGCGAGCAGGAGAGAGAGGAUAUGAAGCAUGCGAUGGUGGUCAACUUGUGUCAGGAGUUGCACUAUGCGCCAAUUGGGUCGAAUCCUCAGAAUAUAUUGGACUUGGGGACGGGGACGGGGAUCUGGGCGAUCGAGAUGGGGGAAAUAUAUCCAAGUGCUGCCGUCAUGGGGGUGGACUUGAGCCCCAUCCAACCGAGAUGGCUUCCACCGAAUGUGAGGUUCAUGGUAGACGAUGUCGAAAGUGAAUGGUUGAAGCCGGCCAACUAUUAUGAUUAUGUGCAUGGCCGGAAUACAGUUAUGGCUAUCAAAAACUGGCCGAAACUUAUGGCGACGGUGCUUGAUCACCUGAAGCCAGGAGGCUGGUUUGAGCUCCAAGAAAUCUACCACUUCCCUCAGUGUCAUGACAACAGCAUGCCGGUCGAUAACAUGGUCGCACAAUACUGGGAGUUUGUCGCCCAAGGUCUCGCCAAUUUGGGCGUCAACUUCAAGGCGACCCUCUUAUUAACAGAUAUGAUGCACGAGGCGGGUUUCACAAACGUUUCGACACGAGUCUUCCACGUACCUAUUGGAGUAUGGCCCAAAAACAAAGUGCUCAAGCAAGUCGGGCUGUACUGGAGAACAAUAUUGAUGGAUGGCCUAGAGCCUAUUGCUUUAGGUCCUUUCACAAGAGGCCUAGGAUGGUCCAAGGCACAAGUCGAUGUUUAUCUCGUCGAAGUUCGGAAAGCAUAUAUGGAUAAUUCGGUGCAUAGUCAUAUGCCACUGUAUAUUAUAUGCGGGCAAAAGCCCAUGUGA